AUGGCAUCUGAACGCACCAGCAAUUUUACUGCUCAACCCAGCUCUGCAGACCGAUUGACAAGCUGCAAGGAUGAAGAUUUCUUACAGGAGAAAUUGUAUGUCUCUGUCCUUUACAGCCUAAUCUUCCUGGUGUGCUUUCCAGGAAACAUUGCAACAAUUUUUGUUUACUGUGUCAAGAUGAGGCCCUGGAAAAGCAGCACCAUCAUUAUGUUGAACCUGGCUAUCACUGACCUACUCUAUGUCGUCACACUUCCUUUCUUUAUACACUACUAUGCUAAUGGAAACAACUGGAUUUUUGGAGACUUCAUGUGCAAAUUUAUUCAGUUUUGUUUCUACUUCAACAUGUACAGUGGUAUUUUCUUCCUUAGCUGCUUCAGCAUCUUCCGCUUUAUGGUAGUUGUGCGCCCAAUGAAAUCCAUUUUUCUUCGGAAGCGGAGAUGGGCAGUGGUGACCUGCGCAGUCAUUUGGAUGGUUUCCCUGGUGGCCCUCAGCCCCUUGGCCAUCCUGAUUGUCCCAAGUGACAGGCAGAACAAGACCAUCUGCCCAGACCUGGUUGCUGCUGAUGACUUCAUCACAAGUCGCUGGUACAACUGGGCACUGACUGUGUUUGCCUUCCUCUUGCCCUUGCUCACGGUGACUCUGUGCUACAUGCUCAUCUUUGGCAUCUUGGCCACUGGGCUCCACACACAGGCUAGCUACAAACAAAAGGCUCGCAGACUCACUGUUCUCCUCUUGCUGGUCUUCUACGUGUGCUUCCUGCCCUUCCAUGUCAUUAAGGGGAUUCAUCUGGAGCUCCGAGUACAGCCAGUUAGCUGCCACUUGAAGAAAGCUAUCCUUUUAAUGUUUAUUAUAACUAAACCUUUAUCAGCAUUAAAUACUUUUGGAAAUUUGCUGUUCUAUGUAGUGUCAGGAGAUAACUUCCAGCAGGUGAUACUCUCGCUCUUCAAGGUUUGGACAAAGAAGAGUUUGAAGUAG